UUGCCCCGCCCCCUGUCCCAGGCCCCGCUCCUGCCCCUGUGAUUGGAGCGGGGUAGCCCCAGUUCCCUCCCCCGCCGGACUGCGAGCUCGAGCCCCACCCGCCACUCUGCAGACAUGUCCGAGCUAAACUUCUUGGCUGUGGGUAUUGUGUUGCUGGCAGCCUUCUUGCUGCUCAGCCUGUUGGUCCUGGCCUUGUACUCGGGCCUCCUGUCUGAGGUGACAGUGCGUUCCGGCCCGCCGCCCAUCGGCGCUUUCACCGUGGCCUACAAGUACAAGCAGGGUCCUUACCGGGAAGCAGGCCGACUCUUCACUGAGAUCACCAGCAUCGCGCCCAAACUGAGCUCCAUUGGCAUCUACUAUGACACGCCGAAGAAGGAAGCAGAAGAGAAACCACGAUAUAUAGCAGGCAGCAUCCUGAGUGAGGGUGAAGAGAAGCCAUCUGAAGAAUUGAUCAAACUCUUUGAGAAAUUCGGCUUUAAGAUAAUCUCCUUCCCAGAGGUUACGCACGUUGUCAUGACAACUUUUCCUUUCACGACCUUCCUGUCACUGUUCAUAGCGAUGUACCGGGUGUACCCAAUCCUGAAUAAUUACAUCAAGGAACGGAAGCUGUGUGCCCAUCCAUGCCUGGAGAUCUAUCGUGGGGAUAUGAUCUAUUACAUGUGUCCUCUGGCACGUCAGGGGGACUUCUAUGUGCCUGAACUAAAGGAAGCUGACAAGAAACAGAAAGAGGAAGAGGGGGACGAUGCACUUACAGACACUGGUGUAGAUUCAUUCAGCGAAAAAAGCUCAGUGACUUACGAGGCCUACACAGAGAGCAGGGAAACCUCAAUGGCAAAGUCAGACACUACCACCUUGAGCAACAAGGAAGCUGAGGACAGCGAGAAGAGUGACAAAAGUGAGUCAGUAGCGAGUGGAUCGUCCUUCGAGGAACUUGAUCUGGAAGCACAAGAUAACGGGGACCGGCCCUGGGUCUCUCCUCAGAGCUCUGAUGUGGCAAAGAAACUGGAUGAAGUGACAGAAACUGAUAUCAGGAGAAUGGAGGAGGAAUAAAGACGGAAGGAAUGAUGAAGUGACCUGACUGGGACCACGCAAACUACUUUGCUUGGUACAUUUCCACCGAUGAGGUACAGAUGGCUUGCUGCAACUCCAGAGAAACAUAAUCGUUAAUCAAAUAGCUUGAAAUUUAAAAGAAAGUCUUGAUUGAAGAUUGAAGCUUCUAUCAAUGUAUCUAUAAUACUGUAAUACUUGAGCAACAUUAUUCAUUUUUUAAAUAAAUUCAAAUAUUUGGCAUUAACAAUUAAAAA